AAGACCCUGCGUUCCUUCGCUGCUUCACUUUUAUUCUUCUCCACAAGUUCUCUCCAUGAACGAGCCACAGCAAAUAACUGGGGAUCUUUCCAAACUGACCGUUGUGCACAAAAUUGUGCUCACCAGGGGCUCCAGACUCCUGCAAAACAGAGUGAAGGAGACCUUGCACAAAGUCUUCUGGGAGAGCCUGGAGGAACAGCUCUCUGCUCGUUGCCCAGACUACACUGGGAAUCCAGCUGCUGCAGGAGACAAGAGACUCCAGACAGCAACUCUGGAGAACCGUCGAGUUCCUGGAACAAAGCGAGACUGCUGCUCCUUUGGGCAGGCCCUGCUGUCAUUGCUGCCGCCAUAGCACAACCAACUGCAGAGACAGAUUGAAGAGGCCGUGGACAAGGAGUUGAUUAGACGGGCUGAGCACGGGGCUCUGGAUGUCCACAGCCUCACCACGUAUGUCCUUGGCACAAUGGCACACAUCUGUGUGUGCCCACUCGACAUGAGGAAUUACAAAGGGGUUGCAAACCCUUCCAGACCAGCUCAGCUUCUCAGACCCACUGCAGAAGUACAAGCGCAGGUGCAGCAGCUUAUCAUCAUAGCUGCAGUCCCGCUAGUGACCACUGGCAGGUGUGGAAGCACCUCAUGCGGCUCACCUGGGUUUGGAGCUAGGCUGAAAUGGGUGACAAAGAUCCUCUUGCAAGGGCUGUCUUGUACCAGUCAUCAAGAAGCUUUAGAAGACAGCAGCGACCAGGUGCCAGAAGUCAGCAGGACUCUCUCCCAGCUCGGUUACGCUGCUUUUACCACCAACAAGCGUGCUUCCCCGAAAGGCCAGAGGAAAAGCAUCACGGACAAGGGCAACGCAGUCCGGCACGUCAUCGAGCAGCAGAUUCAUUCCUUCCUCAGCCUUUUCAGUUCCCCUGAUGGACAGAAUUCUCAUAAAGAUUUCCCCAAGAGCCUUGAUCCCAUUCAGGAAGAGCUGCUGGAAGUUGGGUGCAGGUUUGGAAGCGUGAUCCACAACAGGCAGGUGCUUGGACCUUACUUCUCAGGAAUUCCCAAGGAAGUGCUUCUCCCAGAUGCAGAAACAGACAUAGGGAUGGAUUCUUUCUGA